AUGUUUGUUGACGCACUGACACAUGCAGCAGCUGCUGGAGAGGCUGCCACAGGCGAACUGCUGAAACAAACACGUACAAUAACAGACGACUUCGCCAAAAAACUACAAAUAUUCCAAGAUGAACCAAACACUACAUCAGGAGAGAGAGUGAUACAAGAUAUCAUUAGGUGCGCUGAUUUGGUGAGAACCGCAAGCCCUAGCCUAUCCUGUAAAGAGUCAGCAGCCGAUUCAACGUCAGAAUCGGGCAGCCCUGCCGCAAGAGGGUCACCGAGAAAGGAUAGCCUGACGGCAUAUGGCAAUAAUAGACACUCCGUAUAA